GAAAAAAGAAGUUUGUUUGAGGUUAUGUACGAUACACAAAAAAUUCGUCAACAAAAAUAUCCAUUUAUCUAACUGCUUAGUAUGACUGCACCAAUGGAAAGAAUUCAAAAUUUGGAUUCUAUUGAAAAGGACAUUAUAACUUGCCUUCACAGCGCAGGCCAAGUAUUCAUGGAGCUAAGCAAAGAAAAAUCGAGCCUCAAACAAGCAGAGAACCACACGCAAACCUUCCUCAAAACCCUCAGCGCCGUAGAAAACAAACUAACGGACCAAAUAAAUUACCUAACCCAAGUCUCGACGGGCCAGCCCCACGAAGGCUCCGGCUACGCCUCGCAGAAAGUGCUCCAGAUGGCUUGGCACCGAUUAGAACACGCCCGCUCGAGAGUCAACGAACUCGAAAGGAUCAAAAUAAAACAUUUGCAAGGACGAACCGCCCAAAGGAGCAUCGCAGCACCCGCGAAUGUCCCGGCCAUUGCAAACGUUGCAGGCCAAAACAUUCCACCCGGUUCUACAACUUAAUUCCACGUAAAAUGGUAAUUAAAUGUUAAGUACAAAACUCCGAUUGCUGCGGUAAAAGAACAAUUGCAGUAAGUUUGAUUCGCAAGUUCAUAAUAUGUUAAUUAUGACUUGUUUCUAAAGGUUUUUGGAUGGUGUAAAAUACACGAUUAAGUCUA